AUGGCCGGGUUUCUUUCACGCGUGGCAGCCGCAACACGAUGGUUCCCAGCCGGGAUGUCCCAGGAGGAGCGAAAGCUUGUUAGAAAAUUAGACAUGCUUGUUCUGCCUUAUGCUUGUUUAUCUUUCUUUGUCAAAUAUCUUGAUGUCUCUGCUUUAACGAAUGCCUAUGUAUCUGGGAUGAAAGAUGAUCUGAAUCUAUACGGAGAUAGACUGAACUAUAUCAAUGCGGCAUAUGAGGUUGGAUAUGUCGUCUUUCAAAUUCCGAGCAACCUGAUCUUGAUCAAGUAUCCAGCUCAAUACUAUCUUCCUUUUGCGGAAUUAUUUUGGGGCUUUUUUACUCUCGGGACCGCCUUUGUGAAGACAUAUGAGCAGCUGGUCGUCAUGCGAUUUUUUGUUGGGCUCAGUGCAACCUCAUGUUACGUGGGCCUGGUUCAUAUUGUCAACUCAUGGUACAGGAAACCAGAACUGGGACGCCGAAACGCCCUUUUCUGGAUUGCUAAUCCCCUUGGACAAAUGAUUGCCGGUUAUCUUCAAGCAGCAGCCUACACAAAUCUCAACAAUCAUCACGGACUGCAAGGAUGGAGAUGGCUUUUUAUAAUUUGCACAAUUAUCACUAUCCCAGUUGCAUUCCUUGGCUUUUUUGUUUUCCCUGAUAUGCCUGAACGCACGAAAUCUCGUUUCCUUUCCGAGGAAGAAAAGACAUUGGCUCGAAAACGACUCUCAGAGGAAGGGUUCACUCCAUCAACCGGGUUGAGCAAGACGAUAUUCAAACGUGUUUUGGGCUCAUGGCACGCAUAUGCAUUUGUCCUGGUCCUAGUCAUCUUCUGUCAACAAACUUACCCUCAGAGCAACCCUUUUAUUCUUUGGCUCGACUCUCAACCUGAUAAGUACGGCGUGGCAUUGGUUAAUAAUAUUUCCACGGUGACUCAUGCCGCCUCUACAGUGGGCGCACUUGUAAUGUGUUUCUACUCUGAUAUUCGUGGAUCGCGUAUCGAGCCUAUCAUAUUUUCUGGAAUUCUGUGCAUCUUCUCGAAUUUGGUCCUUACAAUUUGGAAGAUUCCGGAUGGUCUCAAGUUUUUCGCUUAUAUUUCAAUCGGAUGGGCAUACGGUACAAUUCCUGUCCUUAUUGCCUGGACGGCAGAAGGAAUAGCAACAGACUCAGAAGUGAGAGCAAUUGUGUUUGCUACUUAUAAUACUUUAUCGGAGAUAUGUGGUUUGGUGGUACCCUUGGUCGCGUGGCCGACCUCUAAAGCACCUCAAUUCCGUGGAGGUUUUAUAUGGGUAUGUAGUAUAUUAUUCCACAGUGGCCCCGAGGGUUAUUAA